UCAUGCUGCUGCCAGGUUCCAGAGUCUCUCAUGGGUCCCUGUACGGCCUCCCAUUGCUGCUGUCUCCAUCGCCACACUCUGCCAUGUGCCACUUUCAGGUCUCCUCACACUGCUGGUGGGUUCCAUUUUGUCAUAGGGUGCUGGCAGAUUACGGGCCUCCCAUUGCUGCUGCCAGGCCCGUAAUCUGCCAUGGGCCCCCGUACCGCCUCCUCAUGCUGCUGCCAGGUCCAGAGUCUCUCAUGGGUCCCUGUACGGCCUCCCAUUGCUGCUGUCUCCAUCGCCACACUCUGCCAUGUGCCACUUUCAGGUCUCCUCACACUGCUGGUGGGUUCCAUUUUGUC